AUGUAUCGAGCAAGUGGAUCGUCUUCCUCGCAUGUUAGGUUGCCUUUUGAUGUAUUCUUAAAUUUCAGAGGAGAAGAUACUCGUUCCAGCUUCACGAGUCAUCUUCAUAUGGCUUUGUGUCAAAAAGGUGUCAAAGUUUUUAUAGAUGAUGACAAGCUUCCAAGGGGUGAAGAAAUUUGUACAUCUCUUUUGAAAGCCAUUGAAGAAUCAAAAAUCUCCAUUGUUAUAAUUUCAGAAAAUUAUGCAUCUUCCCAUUGGUGUUUGGAUGAACUAAUAAAAAUCAUCAUGUGUAACAAAUCCAAUAAUCGGCAAGUCGUUUUUCCUGUUUUUUACAAAGUGGAUCCAUCUCAAGUACGACAACAAAGUGGAAGAUUUGGAGAAGAAUUUGGCAAACUUCAAGUUAGGUUCUCCAACAAGAUGCAAGCAUGGAGUGAGGCUCUAACUUUCAUCUCCAGUAUGUCUGGAUGGGAUCUAAAAAAUUAUGAAAGUGAAGCAAGUUUGAUUCAAAUAAUUGUUCAAGAAGUCAGGAAGAAAUUAAAGAAUAGCGGAACGACACAGUUAGAUGUAGCUAAAUAUCCAGUUGGAAUUAACAUACAAGUUAAUAAUUUACUCCUACAUGUUAUGCCCAAUGGAGUUACUAUGGUUGGAUUGUAUGGAAUUGGAGGUAUGGGCAAGACAACUUUGGCCAAAGCUUUAUACAAUAGAAUUUCUGAUGACUUUGAAGGUUGUUGCUUUUUGGCAAAUGUUAGAGAAGCUUCAAAUCAACAUUGGGGUCUUGUUGAACUCCAAAAGGCGCUACUUCGUAAGAUUCUAAUGGAUGAUUCAAUCAAAAUUAGCAAUAUUGGUAUAGGAAUUAGCACCAUAAGGGAUCUAUUAUGCUCAAAAAAGAUUCUUUUGGUUCUUGAUGAUGUUGAUACGCAUGAACAACUACAGGCAUUGGCUGGAGGACAUCAUUGGUUUGGACAUGGAAGUAAGGUCAUUGCGACAACAAGAAACAAGCAAUUACUUGCUAGUCAUGGAUUUAAUAUAUUGAGAAGAGUUAACGGAUUAAAUGCCAUUGAAGGUCUUGAGCUUUUUAGUUGGCAUGCAUUUAAAAAUAGUCAUCCCUCAAGUGAUUAUUUACACCUUUCAAAACAUGCUGUACAUUAUUGUAAAGGUCUUCCUUUAGCUCUUGAAGUGUUAGGUUCCUUCCUUAAUUCUAUUGAUGAUCAAUCCAAGUUCAAACAUAUAUUGGACGAAUAUGAGAACUCCUACCUGGACAAAGACAUCCAAGAUAUUCUUAGAAUAAGUUAUGAUGAACUUGAACAAGAUGUAAAAGAAAUUUUCCUUUACAUUUCUUGUUGCUUCGUAAAUGAAGACAAAAACAAGGUUCAAAUGAUGUUACAAGCAUGUGACUGUCAUUUCAGAUUAGAAAUGGGAAUUAAGAAACUCACGGAUCUGUCACUUAUUAACAUUGAUAUGUUCAAUUGCGUUGAAAUGCAUGACUUGAUACAACAAAUGGGUCACACAAUUCAUCUUUUGGAGCCUUCUAAUUCUCACAAAAGAAAAAGAUUUUUGUUUGAAAAAGACGUCAUGGAUGUCUUAAAUGGAGAUACGGAAGCAAGGGCUGUGAAAGCCAUAAAGCUAAAUUUUCCUCAGCCCACUGAGCUAGACAUUGAUUCAAGAGCUUUUGAAAAAGUGAAAAACUUGGUAGUGCUCAAAGUUCACAACGUCACAUCUUCAAAAAGUCUUGAGUAUCUACCGAGUAGCUUAAGGUGGAUCAUUUGGCCUAAAUUUCCUUUUUCAUCUUUGCCUUCAAGCUAUUCAAUGGAGAAACUUAUUGAACUCACAAUGCCAAGUAGCUUCAUCAAACAUUUUGGAAAUGGAUUUAUGAAUUGCGAAUGGUUGAAGCGUAUAGAUCUUAGCCGCUCUGAGUUUUUAGAAGAAAUUUCUGAUUUAUCCAGUGCAAUAAACCUCGAAGAGUUGGAUCUUUCUUGGUGUAACAAUCUUGUAAGAGUUCAUGAAUCAGUUGGAUCACUAGGUAAACUUGCUACAUUGGACCUUUCUAGUCAUUCUAAUGGCUUUACGCAAUUUCCAUCCAACCUCAAGUUGAAGUCCCUAAAAGAAUUGGUAAUGAAGGAGUGCAGGAUUGUUAAACGGUAUCCUCAUUUCAGUGAAGAAAUGAAGUCUAGUUUAGAAGAAUUACGGAUUGAGUAUAGUUGUGUGACAGACCUAUCCCCAACGAUUGGACAUCUUACUGGUCUCACACAUUUGACGAUCGUUGAAUGCAAAGAGUUCACAACUCUUCCAAAAAUUUUAAAGGUUCCUGAAGGCGUAAUUUUUAUGAAUGCUCAAGGCUGCAAAUCAUUGGCUAGAUUUCCAGACAAUAUAGCUGGAUUCAUAUCUUGUGAUUUGGAAUUUGUAGAUAGAAAAUACAGACAACUCAUAUUAAUGAAUUGUGAUAUUCCAGAAUGGUUCGAUUACAAGAGUAGGAACAAUUCGAUAACGUUUCCUACGACAUUUAAUUAUCCGGGUUGGAGAUUGAAAGUGCUUGCUGCAUGUGUUAAAGUUCAAGUUCAUGAUUGUGUUACUCAGUAUCAUAAUACGGCGGAGCUUGAAUGUCAAGUGUUCUUCAAUGACAUUCCAGUGUGGAGUUCUGAAGACGAGGAAAAAUGUCUUGUAGAAGAGUCAAGAUGGUUGAGCCUAGAAGCAUCACCAAAUGACUAUACGUGGUUUAUUGUACUCAAUCCUCAUAGAGAUUUCUACCUAGAUUUGGAUGAUAUGAUGGAGGGAUCACCAGAGACUGAUGUAAGUCAGCUAUGUUUUGGAAUUAAUUCCAUGGAAAUGGACCAUAAUAUUAUACCAGAUGAUAAUUGGAAUUCUAUUGGGGGAAGUAUUUGGAAGAACUUUACGGUGUUGUUUACGCCUCGUCCCGAGCUUUCAGACGCUAAAGUAAGUAUAAAAAGUUGUGGUGUUCAUGUCAUCAUGGAGGAAUGA